CCUACCCGCCCGCUCAGCUGUAACCGACAACAAUCCUCAAACAACAAAUCCUUCAGCUCGGAGUUUCUUCCCUUUUCGAUUCUAUCUUACUCUCAUAGCUUGGCAUAUCCCGCUUUCUUUUCUCCAGGGCCGCAAUUGUUCGCCCCGCCGCCACUUUCAGCCUUCGCUCCCCCAGUUUAGCCCCGACAUCAACGCCUCACUUGUCGUCUGCUGCUACCAGCAAUUGCUAUAAAGUCCUACGAAUUUCUACUUCAAGAUCUAAAUAAAUUAUAUCUAUACAUAGUCCUGCUUCUAUCAUGGCCAAGAAAGAGUUCGACCCCUCCUCCCUCCAAGCAUUCGGCAAUGCCGCUGCAGGACACGAUGGCGUCCUCUCUGAUGCCUCAGGCGCUGUCGUCGUGAAGCCCUGUACCCGACCUGAAGUCGACUUCUACGAGGCCGUCGCUGCAAACCACCCCGACCUCGCUCCUCAUCUCCCAACCUUCAUGGGCACUCUGUCCCUCUCUGGCGACAAGGCAGCAGAUGCUGCCAAUGAUUCUGGAUUUAUACAGACAGCAUCUGGAGCAUUGGAGCGGUUGCACGGUAAAAAGCUGGAUACCGAUCUGCACAUUGUGCUCGAGAACAUUACGCACGGAUUCAAGAAACCAAAUGUCCUCGACCUCAAGCUCGGCGCACAACUGUGGGACGAGGGAGCUAGUGAAGAUAAGAGGAGGCGAUUAGAUGAGGUUGCAGCGAAGACCACAAGUGGAAGCUUGAACUUCCGAAUUGCGGGCAUGAGAACGUAUGUCGGCGAGAAGGCACCGGCCCUAAGUGAUGAUUUGAAGGAGUUCGCGGAAAAUGACGGUAGUUUUACGGUCUACAACAAGAUGUACGGACGAAAGUUCAACCAGGAGGAUGUCAACGACGGCUUCUGGGCAUACGUCUUGCCGCAGGGAAAGUCAAAGGCCGAGCUUGAGAGAGCCCGUGAGGUGCUUUCUUACUUCCUCGGCGAAGUCAAAGACAUCCAGAAGGCUUUCGAGAAAAAGGAGAGCAGGAUGUACUCCGCCAGUAUCCUCUUGGUGUAUGAGGGUGACUUGGAGGAAUAUGAGAAGACCAAGUUGUUCCUCACCAACCCGGAUGCCGAACCGUCAGGCGAAGAGGACGACGAGGACGACCUGCCCAAGCUUGCCGCUGUCAAGAUGAUCGAUUUCGCACAUGCUUCGUUCCAUCCUGGCAAGGGCCCUGAUGAGAACGCCAUCAAGGGAAUUAGGAGCACUGCCACCAUUUUGGAGGAUCUGUUGAAUAAAGUUGAGAAGGAUCUUGAGUAGACAUAGACGCGGAAGCUCGUAGCUUCGGAUUGAUCAUAUAUUUGGCAUAGCCUGAACAUACCUAGCUAUAUACCCAUUGAAAUCAACUAUGCAUCUAUAGACUGCACCC